ACGAACGAUAGUGACAGUGCUGCGCGGGCGCAUAAGCGAAAACGACUCACCAGGAACGGCUGUUCAGUCUGUUAGUAGUGUUUGCCGUAGUAAGCGUAUCUCAAUGGAUUAGUCUCGUGAUCGUAAGUGAUAACUUGAGUGCCGAAGAACGAUAACAGACACAAAAUGGAUCAGCAACAAAAAGAUCAGGAAAUGCCUGAUUCCGGCCAGAAACUUGACGCCAUUCAGAAAGCGAUAGGAUCCUUCGGCAAAUAUCAGUUUUUCCUAUGUUUUCUUAUGUUCCUUGUCAAGUUUCCCGUAGCCUUCCACCAAAUGGCAAUAAUAUUUUUGGCUCCAAAGACUGAUUAUGUUUGCUUGGAUAAUGACCUCCAAAAUACUUGUCCAUGCUCAAAUCCCGAAUAUGAUAAAUCGGUAUUCACAAAUACAAUUAUAAUAGAAUGGGACUUGAUUUGUGAGAAGAAAUGGUUGUCGAGUUUUACACAAACCCUUUUCCAAUUGGGUACUUUGAUAGGUAGUGUUGUGUUUGGAAUGGCAUCUGACAGGUAUGGAAGAAAAAAUCCCUUGUUAGCAGCAGUUGUUUUACAAUUAGUGAUGGGAUUGGUUGCAAGUUUCCUACCGGAAUUCUGGUCUUUUACAUUUGUUCGAUUUUUAGUUGGAGCGUCAGUGGGAGGAACAAUGGUUACGAGCUUUGUAAUUAUUAUGGAAAGCGUCGGUUCCCAAUAUAGGCACGUGAUUUCAGCCCUCUAUCAAGUGCCUUUUAAUACGGGUCAUCUGCUCCUACCUGUCUUCGGAUAUUUUAUAAGAAGCUACGACAAAUUUCAGCUCGCUAUUACCAUUCCCAACAUAGUUCUAUUGUCGUUCUUUAUUCUUGUAACUGAUACACCCAGAUGGUUGAUUGCAAUGAAAAGGACAGACGAGGCUGUAAAAAUAAUAGAGAAAGCAGCAAAGAUGAAUAAUCUACCCACGGAAAAUUUAGCUCAAAAAAUAGGAGAAUACCAAAAGGAAAUAGAGAAAAAUAAUUUAAAAAAAGGCAGUAUUCUGGAUUUAUUUCGGACACCAAAUUUGCGGAAGAACAUACUGGCGAUGUCGUUUAACUGGUUAACGUGCAGUUACUGCUUCUACGGUGUUUCGCAAUAUGUUGGACAGCUGGGUGGCAAUGUGUUUGUCAAUGUAGCUGCUAGUGCCAGCGUUACUAUCUUAGGAACACUUUGUUCUAUUCCUUUGAUGAAGGUAAUGGGCCGUCGGACUAUUUUGAUAGUAUUCAACUUUAUCUGCGCGGGAGUUUUAAUAAUUCUCUCUGUGCUACCUUCCGGAUCCUGGUCUGUUGUGUGUGCUUGUGUUGGCGUUGUCUCCAGUUUUGUGGUGUUUGUAGUUGUCUACCUGCACUGUACUGAGUUGUUCCCUACAGUGGUGCGCAAUGCUGCUAUAGGAUUUUCUUCCAUGAUGGCUAGAGUGGGUUCAAUGGUAGCGCCAUUUGUCGUGGGACUUGGUGAUACGUCGCCAGUCUGGGCAGCCCUCACGUUUGCAGUAGUACCAUUGUGUGCCGGAUUUGUUUCUAUUUUGUUGCCGGAAACGAAAGGGAUUGAACUAAUGACGACGUUGGAAGAGGGAGAAAAUUUUGGAAAGAAGACAAAGAAUGUAGUCCAAAAGUGAUGAUUUAAUGCAUAUAUUUUUGUAAAUAUAUUGAAACAUAGUAAAGCAACUAUUUAUAUAAAAAUGAUAUGUUGUUGCCUUUUUUAAUUUAGAACCAAAAAUACUUAUGUUAAUAAGUAGUUAAUAAGUAUUGUUGUGGUGACUCAAAGUUAAUAAAAAUAAAAAUGACAAUGAGAAAAAUGGCACAUAUAGUAUUGUUAAUUUUAUUUCGUACAAUGUUUGCUUUUAAAUGCGUAGUAGUAUAUUUAAUAUUUUAUAUAAUUUUGUAGCCUUCCAACAUACAUAUGGUUGUAUAUGGAACCGUGUGUAUCUAUUUAGGCAAAUGCUCACUUAUAAACAUUAGAAGAAAACAUUAAACAUUUCAAUUUACUA